GAAAAUUUUCAUGAGAAAACGGGGUUUUCUUCUGCUGCGAGUAAAUUUACAGUCACAUUUCGGUUUUAGAAUUCGAACGACUGAGGUCACACGAUUCAGUAGAUCACCAGCCUUGGUUCCCGACGUUCUGUUCAGAGAAAUAAUUUUUUUCCUCUGGCAUCGAAAAAGAAAAAAAAAGUUUUUCGGAUAAACGAAGGAAAAAGGAUUUAAAGUGAAAUUUUAGUGAAUUUUUUUGAUUCAGAAAAAAGAAAAGAGUUAAACUCAAAAUGUCCUCAGCAGUUAAAACGACCAAAACCUAUUCAUACCGUUCAGGAGGUGCUGGCGGUAACACCGAUGUUAGCAUUGAAUACAGUGCUGACUUAAGUGCCCUUUCUCGAUUGGAGGAUGAUUUGGAGGCUGAAAGAGAAAUCCGCCAAAGAAUUGAACGCGAAAGGGCCGACUUGAGUGUACAAGUCAUUUCACUCUCAGAGCGUUUGGAAGAAGCCGAAGGUGGUGCUGAAUGUCAAUUUGAAGUUAAUCGCAAGCGUGAUGUUGAGUUAAGCAAAUUGCGAAAGCUCCUUGAAGACGUCCACUUGGAAUCGGAAGAAACAGCCCACUUACUGAAGAAGAAACAUCAAGAAAUCGUUGUUGACUUCAAUGAACAAAUUGAAGCACUCUCUAAAGCUAAAAAUAGAGCUGAGAAAGAAAAAGCGAAGUUCCAAGCUGAGAUCUACGAACUCUUAGCCACUGUUGAAUCCUCAAACAAGGAGAAAAUUAUCCACAUUAAACAAAUUGAGCGUCUCGAGAUUACAGUUUCCGAGAUCAACAUUAAAAUCGAGGAAUUGAACCGCACAAUCUUGGACAUCACUUCAAUCAAACAACGUUUGUCCCAAGAAAAUCUCGACUUGGUGAAAGAAGUCCAAGAUCUUAAGAUCAACAUUGAAAGCAUCUCCUACUCAAGAUCACAAGUCAUUUCACAGUUGGAAGAUGCCCGUCGUCGCUUGGAAGAAGACGAACGUCGUCGUGCAACAUUGGAAGCAACAUUGCGUCAAUGCGAGACAGAUUUGGAAUCUGUCCGUCUUCAAUUGGAAGAAGAAUCUGAAGCUCGUUUGGAUUUGGAACGUCAAUUGAACAACGCCAAUGGAAAUGUUGCCUUGUUCAAGAACAAAUACGAAACUGAAUGCGUUGCACGCGCUGAAGAAGUUGAAGAACUCCGUCGCAAGUUCACCAUCCGUAUCCAGGAACAAGAAGAACAUAUUGAAUCUUUAGUCCAAAAGAUCAACAGCUUGGAGAAACUCAAGACCAAGUUGACAACUGAAAUCGAAGUUUUGAUCAUCGACUUGGAGAAAGCCAAUGGAUUUGUGCGUGAUCUUCAAAAGCGUGUUGAGAUUCUCGAAAGAACCAACCUCGAAUUGAAAUCACGUUUGGAUGAAACCGUCCAAAUGUACGAGAUCGCUCAACGUGAUCUCAGAAAUAAGCAAAUUGAAGUUCAACGUAUAACUGCAGAGUUGGACAAGACUCGUGAACAAAAAGAUGCUUUGGGUCGUGAAAACAAGAAAUUGGGAGAUGACCUCCGUGAAUCAAAGAAUGUCAUCAGUGAAUUGACUCGUCGUCUUCAUGAAUAUGAACUUGAAAUCCGUCGUCUUGAGAACGAACGUGAAGAACUCACUGCCGCUUACAAAGAAGCUGAAGCUGGACGCAAAGCUGAAGAAAAGCGCGCCCAAGCUUUGUCUUCUGAAUACGGCGCUUUCCGUCAUGAAGCAGAACGUCGCAUCGCCAUCAAGGAAGAAGAAAUCGAAGCUAUCCGUUCACAGAUGAAUCUUGAAAUGAAAAAAAAAGAAGAAAUCAAUUAA